AUGCUUUCCCUGAAGGUCACCUGCCUCAUCCUGAGUGUGGCCAGCACUGUCUGGGCCUCAGACACUGGGGGUGAAUUUAUAGAAGAAGGAGCAACAGGGCGUGGCCCAAGAGUUGUGGAGAAACAGCAGAGCCAAUGCAGAGAGACAGACUGGCCCUUCUGCUCUGACGAAGAUUGGAACCACAAAUGCCCUUCUGGCUGCAGGAUGCAAGGGCUGAUUGAUGAAGUCAAUCGAGAUUUUAUCAACAGAAUAAACAAGCUUAAAAACUCACUAUUUGAUUUUCAAAAGAACAACAAGGAUUCUAAUUCGCUGACCAGGAAUAUUAUGGAGUAUUUGAGAGGAGACUUCGCCAAUGCCAACAACUUUGAUAACACAUAUGGCCAAGUGUCAGAAGAGCUGAGACGCAGAAUUGAGGUCCUGAAGCGAAAAGUUGUAGAAAAAGCACAACAAAUUCAAGUUCUGCAGAACAAUGUCAGGACUCAGCUGAUAGACAUGAAGCGCCUGGAGGUGGACAUUGAUAUCAAGAUCCGCUCUUGCAAAGGGUCCUGCAGCAGGGGUGUAGCCCGUGAGAUAGAUCUAAGGGACUAUGAAGGUCAGCAAAAGCAGCUUGAACAGGUCAUUGCUAAAGACUUGCUUCCUUCAAAAGACAGGCAGUACUUGCCAGCAAUAAAAAUGUCUCCAGUUCCUGACUUGAUUCCCGGAAGUUUCAAGAGCCAACUUCAGGAGGCCCCUCCAGAGUGGAAGGCAUUAACAGAAAUGCGGCAGAUGAGAAUGGAGCUGGAGGGGCACGUGAAGGGUGGGGAUUCACGCGGUCAUCCUCGAGGUGAUUCUCCAACACAUAGACCAGGGGCAGAGGCCGAAAACCCAACCAACUCUGGACCUGGUGGAUCUGGGUAUUGGCGUCCUGGGAGCUCCAGACCUGAAAGUGAUGGAAAUCUGAACGCCGAGGACAGGGAGUUUGAGGGAAGCUCUAGACCUUCAAGUUAUAGGCCAAGUAGCUCAGGCUCUGGGAGCGCCAUGCCUAGCAACCCUGACUGGGGUGAGUUUUCAGAGUUCACAGGAAGUAGCAGCCCAGCAAUAAAGAAAGAGUACCACACUGGUAAAGUGACCACCUCUAAAGGAGAUAAAGAGCUCAUGAUUGGAAACGAGAAAGUCACCUCCACCAGCACAAGCACCACACGUCGUUCAUGCUCUAAAACCAUUACCAAGACUGUGACAGGUCCUGAUGGUCGCCGAGAAGUGGUCAAGGAAGUGGUCACCUCGGAUGAUGGCUCUGAUUGUGGUGGUUCCGUUGACUUAGGCAUGACCCACGGUUUUGGUGGCAGAUUUGAUGAGUUUGCCCAAAGGUUCCCCGACCAAGCUGCCUUUUUUGACAGUCACUUCGAUUCACUCUCCUCUAACUUCAAAGAACUUGGCAGUAAGACCCAUGCGGUAGGCUCUGAUUCUGGCAUCUUCACAGACUUAGAAGACCCGAGGACCCAUGUACCUGAUUAUUCUUCCAGUAGUAAAACCUCCACUGUAAGAAAACAAGUCACCAAGAGCUACAAAAUGGCAGACGAGGCAGGAAGUGAAGCCCACCAUGAAGGAGAGACUAAGACCACCAAGAGGGCCCGUGCCAAAUCGCGUCCAUCAAGAGACUGUGAUGAUGUCCUCCAAACACAUCCUUCAGGUGCCCAAAGUGGCAUUUUCAGUAUCAAGCUACCUGGAUCCAGUAAGAUUUUUUCUGUUUAUUGCGAUCAAGAGACCAGUUUGGGAGGAUGGCUUUUGAUCCAGCAGAGAAUGGAUGGAUCACUGAAUUUUAACCGGACCUGGCAAGACUACAAGAGAGGUUUUGGCAGCCUGAAUGACAAGGGCGAAGGGGAAUUCUGGCUAGGCAAUGACUACCUACACUUACUCACUCUGAGGGCCUCUGUCCUCAGGGUGGAAUUAGAGGACUGGGCUGGAAAACAGGCUUAUGCAGAGUACCACUUCCAGGUAGGCUCUGAGGCUGAGGGCUAUGCUCUUCAGGUCUCCUCCUACCAGGGCACAGCUGGAAAUGCUCUGAUGGAAGGUUCUGAGGAGGAGGGAGCAGAAUACACCUCACACAGCAACAUGCAGUUCAGUACCUUUGACAGGGAUGCGGACCAAUGGGAAGAGAACUGUGCGGAGGUCUAUGGGGGAGGCUGGUGGUACAACAGCUGCCAGGCUGCCAAUCUCAAUGGCAUUUACUACCCUGGGGGCACCUAUGACCCCAGGAACAACAGCCCCUAUGAGAUAGAGAAUGGGGUGGUCUGGAUUCCCUUCAGGGGAGCAGAUUAUUCCCUCAAGGCUGUUCGGAUGAAAAUCAGACCACUGGUGGAACAGUAG